CUGGUAUUUAGCAGCACUUCAUUUAAACCAUUUCCAACUAUCAACCUGUUAUUACCUAGGGAAAUUGGAAAGGAGUAUCGCUGACGAAUAUUUUAAAGGGACAAGAAGAUGCCGGUACGUACAGUGAUCUUUGCCUGUGUUAUUUCAAUCAUUGAAACACAUACUGUGAACAUUGCAAUAGAUCUGUCUAAUCAGGAUCCUAGAAACUUUAGUUUCAUUAAGUUUCCACGCAACGAAAGAUUGGACAGUCCAUUCAAGUCUUUCAAAGUCCUCACAAACGCAAGGUGUGCAGCGACCUGUAGCGCCACUCCUGAAACAUGCAACUCCUACAACCUUAGGAAACUAGUUGGCGACAAACCAUUUCAGGCUAUAUGCGAGUUGAAUGGACCGAGUGCAACUCCCCCAACACCUACAAAGGAUGUUGUGGAUUAUUAUGACAGAGAUGAGUGUUUCAGCAACCCAUGUCUAAAUGGUGGAACGUGCGAUGAUGGAUUUCAUGGUUACACGUGUUCUUGUGUUCCUGGUUAUGAGGGCUUGAGGUGUGAUAUUGACAUAGACGAGUGUACGAGUAAUCCAUGUCCAAAUGGUGGAACAUGUAACGAUGUAGUCAACGGUUACACGUGUUCUUGUGUUCCUGGUUAUGAGGGCCUGAGGUGUGAUGUCGACAUAGACGAGUGUUCGAGCAAUCCAUGUAUAAAUGG